ACCUCUGAACAGAAACCCACCCUCCACCCCUGACACCAUGACCCACUGUUGCUCCCCUUGCUAUCAGCCUACCUGCUGCAGGACAACCUGCUGCAGGACCACCUGCUGGCAGCCCACCACUGUGACCACCUGCUGCAGCACACCCUGCUGCCAGCCCUCCUGCUGUGUGUCCAGCUGCUGCCAGCCUUGCUGCCACCCAACUUGCUGUCAAAACACCUGCUGCAGGACCACCUGCUGCCAGCCCAGCUGUGUGACCAGCUGCUGCCAGCCUUCCUGCUGCAGCACACCCUGCUGCCAGCCCACCUGCUGUGGGUCCAGCUGCUGUGGCCAAACCAGCUGUGGGUCCAGCUGCUGCCAGCCCAGCUCCUGUGCACCCGUCUACUGCAGAAGAACCUGCUACCACCCCACGAGUGUCUGCCUGCCUGGUUGCCUAAAUCAGAGCUGUGGUUCCAGCUGCUGCCAGCCCUGCUGCCGCCCAGCCUGCUGUGAGACCACCUGCUGCAGGACCACUUGCUUCCAGCCCACUUCUGUGAUCAGCUGCUGUCAGCCUUCUUGCUGCUGACCAACUCUCCAGAGGACCAUCAUCCUCACACAAUAACCCUCUGGCAACUGAUUUAUCUUUUGGAGGACAAAUUUACUUUCAAACUGUGAUGACAACCAACAAAGUGAACUUAGGGUGAACCUUCUCACCCUAAUUUUUGUGACUUCUUGCAUGUUUAACAUCUUCUGAAUCAGCUUGAGCGAGAGUAGAGUACUUCAUCCUAAUUCUCUUUUUCUUUACACCUUGUGGAUCAUGUGCCACCUUCAUGUAUUUUCAAUUUGGAGUCAUGGUCUCAGCUUGACUUUAAAGUCAAGAGCUUCGUUCUCUUUCUCUAAGAAACUUAGGUUUUGCAACGAUCAAUAAUCUUCACAAUCAUGUUUUCAUUUUCAAUGUCCUCCUCAUGGUUCUUGUAUCCUUCUUUUCAUGAUCAUUUUGGGUUAUCUCCCUAGAAACAGGGAUUCAUACCUAUAUGUUUCUUAAUAAACUCAAAACUGUUCUUCAUCUAA